AACAGCGAAAAUGUCACCUGCCGUGAAAAAAAAAGAACAAGAAGCUUCUGACAACAAUUCAACUCCACCAUGCAACUACUCGUUUUGAAUAUGCAUACGUUUAAUUGGAGUGACACUCUUAUUUAGAGGAUACAUUUUCUAGGUUCAGCGGGGUAGCUGCCUCGUUAACAUUACUACUAACGUUAAUACUAGCCAACUGUGGCUGGGUACUUAGCUAGCUAACUAGCUUAUUUCGGCUAACAGCAGUUAACCACAUGCUAGCUAACCGCUAGUCACAUUUUCGACACCAGUGUGAGAACAUGGACUCAAGUGUCUUCACGGCCGUGUCUAAAGGUGACCCCUUACCUCUGGCGUCGCUGCGCCUCCUGGUCCCACCUUUCCAGCUUAUGGCCGUCUCCAUGUGGCAGGUUCUGAAGAAACAAGAUGUCCCGAACUACUGGAAAGUGGCAGAGUUUGUCUCUUUGGUGAUGGACAUGGUCCCAGAGCUGCUAAUGUUCAAGCACAGGAUGCAACUUGACCUGGGAUUAAGAGCCAGGUAUAUUCUUGAGCUAUGCCGAGGUAAACAGCUUGUGGAACCGGACUACAUCUUGUCUCUUUUAGACCGCAUCCAACCGCGAGACCCCGACCUGCUAGAUAUGAAGGAGUCCAAACAGGAUGAACUAGUGGUUAACUUUCUGGAGUUGGUCCAGACUCUGCUCAAAGAUCCCGAAGAGAGGCGAGACUAUUUCUUGGAGGUCUUCCCUGCCGAGUAUGGCCCUCACUACGACAGUGAUCUGCAGAUGCUGUUUUCCGAGUUCCUCUGUCGGCUGGCUCAGCUGUUGCCAGUUCCUGACCUCGAGCAGACUGUUUCCUGGCUUGGAGCCGAAUGCUCUAUACUGGAGGAUUGUGUGCAUUCAGUCUCCGAGCCUACAGACCUGAAGAAUCUGCUCCAGCACCACAGACACCUUGGGCAUUUAGAGCAACAUGUUCCACCUUCUAGCAUGGGCGAAAACAUCCUGUCCUCCCUCUCUGCAGCUCCCCCUAGAAAAGUGGCAAAACCUACAGAACAACCCAACCAAACCGAUCCCCUGCAAGGCCUCCGUGAUGACACACACACUGCAUCAAUAGUGGACGACGUAGCGGUGGAAAUAAUUGCAGUGACUGAUUACGCAGAGGUUGAAUUAGACGGAAGCACCGACAUUGAGGUGGUGAUGGUAGAAAACUGCAUAGAAGGAACAGACACUGGUGUGGUGGCUAAAGAGUCGCCUGUAGUGCUUCCUGAUGAGACAGCCGUGGAGGAAGAAAACGCUGUAAGUGGUUUGGCAGACGCCGCCCAUCCAGAGGUUAAUAAAGAUGACUCGGCCUCCUCCCAACGAAAGAUUUCUGUGGGGCCGCAUGACUGCCCGGACUGCGAGAAGAAAUUCAAAUUUGCCUCGGCGCUAAUCGCCCACAGGGUCAUCCACACCGGAGAGCGCCCCCACCGGUGCAACGACUGCGACCGCUGCUUCUCUUUCAGGCAGUCCCUCGACAGGCACAGACACACGCACAAAACCAGACGCAAGUACAACUGCGUGAUCUGCCGUGAGACCUUCCACUCCAUGUCAGCCCGCACGGAGCACAAGCAAACCCACAUGGAAGACGGUGUUUACACGUGUCAUCAGUGCAGCAAGCAAUUUAACUGGGAGCUGGCACUGGCGCGACACCUAAAAACUCACACUGCUGAUCACAAUGCGAACAGGUCCACGGAGAGCCAGAAGGAUGAGCAAGAGGUGGUUAUAGGUGAUAGAAAUGUCAGCGAGGUUAGGGUCGUACUCGCCGACCCCGACAGCCACCUGCAGGCGGGCGAUAAUGGGGCUUGUGACCCGGAGAAUGCAGACGUUCAGAGCAGUGAGCGUCCCACCUCUGAGCCCAAACUCGACAAUGAAGCCAUUUCCCUGGCGAAGGUCCGAACGAGUGGGCGUAAGCGCAAACCGACCAUGAAGAUCCAGGUGAUAAAUUUACAGAAGCACAUGAGCACUAAAAGAAGGAAGGAGAUCUCCAAGGCCAACCCUCCAGAGCUGAAGCCUUUGUCUUUCAAUUGUACAGAGCACUCUUACGGGUCGCCCAUAGUCUCAUCAAAGGACAGCGCUGAGAGUUCUGUAGCUUUCUCCUGUCCUAAGUGCUCCUUCCAGCACUCCGAAGAAGCUCAGGUGCAGCAGCACAUUGAAGGGGUCCACGCUGUGAAGAUCGAGGAUGACGAGCAGCCCCUCGCAGGUGAAAAGGAGGGACGGUUCAGUUGUCCAGACUGCGAGAAGAGCUUCAAGUUUCAAUCCCUCCUAAAAGCCCACCAGCGCAUCCACACGGGCGAGCAGCCGUACCUGUGCUCCCAGUGCGGACGGCGGUUCUCCUUCAAACAGUCUCUGGAGAGGCACAAGCAGACGCACAAGUCCGGGCGCAGGUACGAGUGCCUGAUCUGCGGGGAGUUCUUCAAGUCCCUGGUGGCUCAGAGGGAGCACAAGAGCACCCACAUGAAGAACGGCGAAUACGUGUGUUCAGAGUGCGGCCGCACGUUUGCCUGGAAGUCUGCCCUGGUGAGGCACCUGAAGACCCACGACGAGGUGGAGCGCUCUUACAGAUGCCCUCGCUGCGACCUGGUCUUCAGCUGUGCCAGCUACCUCAACAAGCACCUGCAGACCCACCAGGAAGAAAGAGUUUACUCGUGCAACUGCGGAAAGAGCUUUGCCUACCGGGCAGCCCUCAGCGCGCACAAGCGCAUCCAUCAAAAGGAGCGGCCGCACAUAUGCACACAGUGCGGCAAGGGGUUCCUCUACAAGGGGGGCUUGCUGAGCCACAUGAAGAUCCACUCGGAGGAAAAGCCCUUCAUGUGUUCCUUCUGCGGCAAGAGCUUCAAGAGGGAACGCAACAUGAAGAAGCACGAGCGGUGCCACACCAGGGAGAACGUUUUCAGCUGCUCGCAGUGCGACAAAAGUUUUGUCUACAAAGCGACUCUGAUCAGGCACGAGCUGACUCAUUCCGGCGAGAGGCCGUACCUCUGCUCUGACUGCGGGAAGGGCUUUUUCUCCCACGCCGAGCUACUGAAGCAUGAGCGUUUCCACACGGGCCACAAGCCCUUCCAGUGCCCCCACUGCGGCAAGCAGUUCACCCAGUCUUGCUACCUGACCAUCCACCUGCGCUACCACACCGGAGUCCGACCGUACUCGUGCACGGAGUGCGACAAGAGCUUCCUCAGUGCCAACCGCCUGAAGAGACACCAGCAGACGCAUUCAGGGGAAAAACCGCACCUUUGUGUAGAAUGUGGGAAGGGAUUCAGGCAGUCAUAUAAUCUCAAAAUGCAUCAACGGACACAUAUCAUGAAGCUGAAGUAGUAAAGGGUUAUUUCAAUAUUUUAUUCCCAUGCAUUUAUGUCUAAGUGACUAAUGUGAACAAAAGUCGUUGAAUUUGUUCCAGUAUUGACAAUGAAUGCUACAACUGGCAGCCAACAUGGCGGCAAGAUUUUCAAUUGCGCAUUUCUAAAUUGUGCCAAUAAAUGUUAAGCCACAGUUUGCGCAGCUUUCGUAAACGUGACUGUUGGAUACGGACAGGCUGAAGUUGGGGGUUGUUGUGCUACAGCUACAAGUAGAUCUUUAAACUAGGGGUCAUAGGCUGCAAACCAUCUUGUCUCAGCAACCAGUAAGUUCUUCAGUGAUGGAUGUCUACUGCCAGCCAAAGAGGUGA